UUGGAGUCAGCCAAAGAAAGGAAAGACUAAACCGAGGGUUGUUCGCACGACGGAUUGGCCACAGAGCAAGGAAAGGCGUAGCGCAGGCAUGCCAGAGGGCUGAUCGUCUUCUGUCCGCGGCGAGCAGCCCGUGGGCGCGUCAGUCUCGCCAAGCGAGCAGCAAAGAAGCGCAGCGAGAGGAUGUGGCGACGCCGAGGCCUGCGGGACGCUCUGGUGCUGGGACGUGACGGCCUCGGUCUGCUGGUCGGCGCGCUAGCGAGCGGCGCCGCCGCUGCGGUCGUCUACGCUCUCGAGAGUGCGCCUUUGGAGGCGGCCCACGUGGCGGUUCGGCCGCCGGAGCAGCUGUGGAGUUUCCGUGGAGCCCUGUCGUCGCUCGACCACUCGGCCGUGCGACGCGGCUGGCAGGUCUACAAGGCCGUCUGCUCGGGGUGUCACAGCCUCCGUUACGUGUGCUACCGGCAACUGGUGGGCGUCUGCCUGACAGAGGGGGAGGCGCGCGAGGCCGCCGCCGAGCAGCAGGUGCGCGACGGCCCGGACCAGGCGGGCGAGUACUUCACGCGCAGCGGCAAGCUGCAGGACAGCGUGCCCGAGCCGUACCCCAACGAGGAGGCGGCCCGCGCGGCCAACGAGGGCGCGCUGCCCGUGGACCUCAGCUACGUGGUGAACGCGCGCCAUCACGGCCCCGACUACGUCUUCGGUCUGCUCACCGGCUACACCGAGCCGCCCGCCGGCGUCGAGCUGCGCGAGGGACAGGCCUACAACGUCUACUUCGACGGCGGCGCCCUCGGCAUGGGCGAGAUCCUGCAGGACGGCUUGGUGGAUUACGAGGACGGCACUCCCGCGACCAAGUCGCAGAUGGCCAAGGAUGUGGUCGAGUUCUUGAUGUGGACUUCCAAUCAGGAGUGGGAAGCGCGCAAGCUGCUGUGCUUCAGAGCUAUCAUCCUGUGCACUAUUCUGGGAGUCACCGUUUACUCGCUAUACAGACAGCGCAUGUCUCACAUCAAAAAUACGAAAAUCUGCUUUAUACCCAAAAGCAGGAACAAAUGUUAG